GACGACCAUAUUAGGGCUUAGUAAGUUGAAGAGCUCCACGCUACACAGGGCUUGCUCGAAAUCUCAAGCGUCAUCAACAAUGGCAGACAACCAGAAGCAAGACCAAGACAAAGAUCAAUACGGCAUUCUUCUUUAUUACAAAUACACUUCAGUUCCCGAUCUACAUUUCCUCCUUUCUUUUUACCAGUCCAAUUGCAGCUCUCUUUUUCUUCUCGGCCGCGUCCGCCUGUCUCCCCACGGCUUCAAUGUCACCGUUGGUGGUACACUUUCGUCGCUGGAGAAGCAUAUAGCGGCAGUGAAAUCGAUUAGUUUAUUUGAAGGGACAGACUUCAAACUCGCCUCUUCCCAUUAUCCUUUGAACGAUCAGGUUGCUCGCGAGUGCGGUUUCACUUCACUAUCCAUUCGGAUCGUCAAGGAAUUGGUUACUUUUGGCUCUCAUCCUCUGUUAAAAGCACCAGAUAUCUCAAAUGCUGGAACUCAUCUCUCUGCACUUGAGUUCCAUUCUGUUCUUCAGAGUGCUCAGCAAUGUGUAGAGAAUGAGGGUCCUACUGCCAAUGGAGGACUUGUUGUAUUAGAUGCAAGGAAUUUAUAUGAAACAAGAAUUGGGAAGUUCCAUAUGCCUAAUGUGGAAACUUUGGAUCCAGAAAUCAGGCAGUAUAGUGAUCUACCCUCCUGGAUAGAUGAUAAUUCCGAACAAUUGCGAGGCAAACGUGUGCUCAUGUAUUGCACUGGAGGAAUCAGGUGUGAGAUGGCAUCAGCAUAUAUUAGGUCGAAAGGUGUUGGAUUUGAAAAUGUAUUUCAGUUAUUUGGUGGAAUACAACGAUAUUUGGAACAAUUCCCUGAUGGUGGCUUUUUCAAAGGAAAGAAUUUUGUGUUUGAUCACCGUAUUUCUGUCGGGAGUUCAGAUGCAAAUAUUUUGGGUACCUGCCUUCUAUGCGACAUGCCCUUUGAUGACUAUUCUUCACGUUGCAGAUGCUCUUAUUGUAGAAUGCUUGUUUUGGUCUGUGAUAGUUGCCAAAUGAGGGAAGCUGUCUAUGUUUGUGAGUUAUGUCAGAAACAUGGCAAGGUUGUUGGCUUAAUUCCGUCAACUGAAAAUAGUAAGCCAGAGGAAACAAUGCCAGAUGGUGAACUUGCAUGCAUUCCCUCGGAUACUGCAUUCUUGUGCCAGCUGCAUCAGGGACAUGGUGUUGAUCGCCCCAGAAAACUAAGAAUCCUAUGCUUGCAUGGCUUUCGUCAAAAUGCCUCUGGUUUUAAAGGAAGAACUGCAUCUUUGGCCAAGAAACUUAAAAACAUUGCUGAACUUGUCUUUAUUGAUGGACCCCAUGAAUUGCCUUUCAUUUACCAACCUUGCAUAACAGAACCAGGGCACAAUAAUGCAUCACUAUUACAAGAAAUUGUCCCUCCAAAAGAUAACUGCAAGAAGAAGUUUGCAUGGUUGGUAGCACCUGAUUUCAUAGGAAGGAGUGAAAUUGACUGGAAAGUGGCAGAUGGUCCAUUUGAUCCCCUCCAGUAUCAGCAGCAAACUGAGGGUUUUGAUGUAUCAAUAGCAUAUUUGAGCACUGUAUUCUCUCAGGAAGGGCCUUUUGAUGGGAUCUUAGGAUUUUCACAGGGAGCAGCGAUGGCUGCUUCAGUUUGUGCGCUAGAAGGGAGACUAAAGGGUGAAAUCAAUUUCAGAUUCGCAGUCUUGUGCUCUGGAUUUGCUAUUCAACAUGCAGAGAUCAAGCGAGGAUCAAUUAACUGCCCCUCACUUCAUAUAUUUGGCCGUGAUCUGGGCAAGGACAGGCAGAUUGCAAACCAAGCCAGCAGAGACCUGGUUUCCUUGUUUGAAGAGGAUUCAUCAGUUAUUAUUGAGCAUGACUGUGGUCACAUCAUUCCUACUCGACAUCCUUAUAUUGAUCAGAUUAGAGGCUUUCUACAACGUUUUCUUUGAAAUGAUUGAUUUUAAAAAAAAAAAAAAAAAAAAACAAACAUUUUGCAUACAAA